ACUCUUCUUCUUCUUCUACAGCAGCAGCAGCAGCGACGAUGAAGACGAAGUGAAAACAGGAAACUCUUCUGUUCUUGUAAAAACUACCAUCUGUCAGUGAAGACGCUCCACUGUCGCAGCAGCAGCAGCAGCAUGAGCAGCAGCAGCAUGAGCAGCAGCAGCCAACACUGGCAGCCAGUGCAGGAUGGAGGUCGAAGGUCACAGAGGAAAGAGAAGAACCGAGUGGCGGCUCAGAGGAGUCGGAGCAGACAGACCCAGAGAGCAGACCUGCUGCACCAGACGUGUGAGCUGCUGGAGCAGAGGAACAGGAAGCUGAGGACCGAGGUGGAGUCUCUCUGUGAGCAGCAGCAUCUUCUCACUGAAGCGCUCAGGGCUCAUGAGCCUCACUGUCCCGUCGUGCAUUGCUUCUCCUCCUUGACAACACUGCCCCCUGUUGUUCCAUUUGAGCAGUGCUGACUACAAGCUGACAUCAACAAGCACUAGAGGGCGUUGUUUGACCAGCAAUGGAUUCACAGAGUCAGAUCCCUGCUUCUAACUGAACUGAACACUGCCCUCUAGUGGCCGAUCAUUCUCCGUUUUUGGUUUUGUUUUCUGACUUUUCAGAAAUGUAAGAAAUAUUUUCACUGAUGUUUCCAAAGGAAUAAAACAAAGGUGUGACUCACG